UUUUAGUACUGAUAAAUAUGAGCUUAAUUUGGAAUAUCGGUCUUUUUAAAAAAAUUUCAAGUACAAAAGCAGAAUGUAUUGAAUGUAAAGCAACAGGAAAACAAAAAUAUGAAUUUGAAUUAUCAAAAGGAACAGUUAAGUCAUUGAAAACUCAUCUUUUUUCGUCUCUUCAUUCUAACUCAGAGUAUGCUGCAAAAUACUUAGCAUUAGAAGAAAAAGAAAGUAAAGCUAAGGAGAAACAACCAAAAAUAAUUGAUUGUUUGCCUUCUUCCAGCGGAACGAUGUGUUCUUUUGAUAAGAAAGUAAUCAAUUUUAUUGCUACAACAAAUAGCAGCUUCAAUAUUGUAAAUCAUUCAAGUUUCAAAUCAUUGGUAUAUCCAAAUGAACCAAAAUCAGACACGUUCUAUAGAAACCAACUCAGCAAUGUUUACACUAAAGUUAAAUCAAAAAUUAUUAAUGAGCUCUCGAGUUCAUCAAAAAUUUCAAUAACAUGUGAUGCAUGGUCUGGCCCAACAGAUAACUUUUUUUGCCUGACAGCACAUUGGAUAACCUCUCAUUGGCAUCUGAAUUCAUAUAGUCUAUCAAUUUGUCACUUUCCUGGUACUCAUUCUGGAUCAGCAAUUGCCAACCUUAUAAGAAAAAUUCUAAACGAUUGGAGUAUCGAACCUAAUAAAGUUUUUGCAGCAAUAACUGAUGGGGCAUCUAAUAUGAAAUCGGCGUUCAACACUGUAGGUGAUGAUCUUUUGCCAUUACUUCCAUUUAAUCAUUGCAAUUGUGCUGCACAUCUUCUGAAUCUUUGUAUCAAGGAAGCUCUUAAAUGUGACAAUGAUCUUAACGAGAUUUUAAAACAAUGUCGAUCGAUAGUUGGCAGAUACAAACACAGUAAUAAAGCUUUUGAAUCUCUUAAGAAUUUGCAAGAAAUGUUUGAUACGCCUUCACAUUCUCUUUUACAGGAAGUAAGCGUGAGGUGGAAUUCUUGUUUAUAUAUGUUAGAACGUUUGGUUGAACAAAGGAAGCUACAAAGCGUUCCCAGCGAAGCUACAUUUAAUGUUGCACGUGAUGUUUUCGACUAUCGAAGGAGUAAAUUAAGUCCAGAAACAGCUGAAAAAUUGAUUUUUUUGAAUAAGUCACUACCACAAAUAAAUUAUAAAUAUUGA